AUGUGCUUAUACUUACGUCGGAAUAUGUGUCCCAUGCAAAAUUUUCUUCUCCUUAUUUUAAUUUGCGCUUUUCCGUCGAAUCUUUGGGGGGAGAAUAUCACGCAAGGUUCAAGUGAAGGUCACGUUGGAAAUAUGACAGGUACAGUGCUACAUGAUAGCCAGUUGUCACCGUUUGAUGCAGUAUUACGUGCUAAUAAAGUGAAUUUAAUUGCUCUUGAAACAUUCGGAGAAUUAAAUCAGUUUUGGGGUAAUGUAAUUCGACUGUUGCUACCAGUAUCUGAACAAAUUGAACAUGGAUUAUUAUCAUUCAUACGUAAAAUUUUCCCUCAAAUAUUUGGUGAUUUGAAUCCCUCGGAUAUCGCAAUAGAUAGAGUGACUCGCCCACCAGACCAAUCAAAUUUGUUGAUUAAAGAAUUGAUUGAUGCUUUCAUGUUGAGUUUAGCCAAAGCAAAUUUUACACUUUGA